GGCGAGGCUGGCUGGGAGUGAGGUGGAGCGGAUAUUCCCCCCGCCGAUCCCUGCCGUGUGCAAUCCACACUGUGCGCGGCCUCCAUAAAUAGGGCCUCCCCGCCGGCGGCCUCCUCCAACAAUCUCCUUCCUCUACACUCUAGCUUUUCUUGCCCAUGCAUUUCUCCCUGGCUUGACUGGCCGUUGAUGAAGCUGCAGGAGCCAGCCCCCUAGCUAGCUAUCUGUCUGCCUAGCUGCUUCGUCGGAACAAGAGAUCCCCGGCGGCGAUCCCCGGCGAGAGAUCAGUCAAGGAGGCCUCGCGGCGAUGGCGCGCGAGCAGCUGGAGGUGCUGACGGCGCUGGACGCGGCCAAGACGCAGUGGUACCACUUCACGGCCAUCGUCAUCGCCGGCAUGGGCUUCUUCACCGACGCCUACGACCUCUUCUGCAUCUCCCUCGUCACCAAGCUGCUCGGCCGCAUCUACUACUACCGCGAGGGCGCCGACGCGCCCGGCUCGCUCCCGCCCAACGUCGCCGCCGCCGUCAACGGCGUCGCCUUCUGCGGCACGCUCUCCGGCCAGCUCUUCUUCGGCUGGCUCGGCGACCGCAUGGGCCGCAAGCGCGUCUACGGCAUGACGCUCAUGUGCAUGGUGCUCUGCUCCAUCGCCUCCGGCCUCUCCUUCGGCUCCACCCCCGGUUCCGUCAUGGCCACGCUCUGCUUCUUCCGCUUCUGGCUCGGCUUCGGCAUCGGCGGCGACUACCCGCUCUCCGCCACCAUCAUGUCCGAGUACGCCAACAAGAAGACGAGGGGCGCGUUCAUCGCCGCCGUCUUCGCCAUGCAGGGCUUCGGCAUCCUCACCGGCGGCGUCGUCACGCUCAUCGUCUCCGCCGCGUUCCGCGCCGCCUUCCACACGCCCGCCUACCAGGACGCCCCCCUCGCCUCCACGCCGCCGCAGGCCGACUUCGUGUGGCGCUUCAUCCUCAUGUUCGGCGCCGUCCCGGCCCUCAUGACCUACUACUGGCGGAUGAAGAUGCCCGAGACGGCGCGCUACACGGCGCUCGUCGCCAAGAACGCCAAGCAGGCCGCGGCCGACAUGUCCAAGGUGCUCCAGGUGGACAUCGGCGCCGAGGAAGAGGACCCCAAGGCCAACGACGGCGGCGCCGGAGCCGCCGACGACCGCAACUCGUUCGGGCUCUUCUCGGGCGAGUUCCUGCGCCGGCACGGGCUCCACCUCCUCGGCACGGCCACCUGCUGGUUCCUGCUGGACAUCGCCUUCUACUCGCAGAACCUGUUCCAGAAGGACAUUUUCACGGCGAUCAACUGGAUCCCCAAGGCCAAGACGAUGAGCGCCCUCGAGGAGGUGCAUCGCAUCGCGCGCGCGCAGACGCUCAUCGCGCUCUGCGGCACGGUGCCGGGCUACUGGUUCACGGUGGCGCUGAUCGACCGGAUCGGGCGGUUCUGGAUCCAGCUGGGCGGCUUCUUCUUCAUGGCGGUGUUCAUGCUGGGGCUCGCCUUCCCGUACCACCACUGGACGACGCCGGGGAACCACAUCGGGUUCGUGGUGCUGUACGGGCUCACCUUCUUCUUCGCCAACUUCGGGCCCAACUCCACCACCUUCAUCGUUCCUGCCGAGAUCUUCCCGGCGAGGCUCCGGUCGACGUGCCACGGCAUCUCGGCGGCGGCCGGGAAGCUGGGCGCCAUCGUGGGGUCGUUCGGGUUCCUGUACCUGGCGCAGAACCAGGACCCGGCCAAGGUGGACCACGGGUACAAGGCCGGCAUCGGGGUGAGGAACUCGCUCUUCAUCCUCGCCGCCUGCAACUUCCUCGGCAUGGGCUUCACCUUCUGCGCGCCCGAGUCCAACGGCCUCUCGCUCGAGGAGCUCUCCCGCGAGAACGAGGAGGAGGCGCCGGACGCCAGGACGGUGCCCGUGUGAGAAACACGUCGUCAGAUAGUAGUAUAUUCUGCGAGCAGGUUUGGAUGGAUGUAUGGAUGUUUUUUAUGGUCGGAGAGCGUUCAACUCA